AUGGGCCCCAGUAACCGCCUCCUCAUGCUGCUGCCAGGGUCAGAGUGUGUCAUUGGGCCCCCGUACCGACUCCUCAUGCUGCUGCCAGGCCAGGACAGCCCUAAUCUGUCAUGGGCUCCCCUGUACCACCGCCUCCUCAUGCUGCUGCCAGGGUCCAAGAGUGUGUGUCCAUGGGUCCUGUACGGCCUACCAUUGCUUGCUGCCAGGCCCGUAAUCUGCCAUGGGAUACCACAGCGUACCUACUCCUCAUUGAUGCUGCCAGGCCUAUAAUCUUGUCAUGGGCCCCUGCUCCUCAUGCUGCUGCCAGGUCCAGGUGUUUCCAUGGUUCUUGUAUGGUACCUCCCAUUGAGCUGCUGUCUCCAGUUCGCCAUCGCCUCUGCCCAUUUAAAACUGCCACUUUCAUGUCAUCCUUCCGCACUGCUGGUGGUUUCCAUUUUUGUUCAUAGGGUGCUGUAUGGCCUCCCAUUGCUGCUGCCUCCACCAUGCCACAAACUGUGGCUCCAACACACUUGGUUUUGGCCCCGUGAAUGCCAAAGCAAAUGAGUGAAGUGUGCGGUGAUUCUAAGAUCGAGACGGCACUCAUCUGCAGUCAUACUGACUGUGGAGCAGUAUUAUUUCUCUUCCCCAGCAGACUCCAAGGGCAUUUAAAUUAAAGGUACAGUGUUCUGCACUAAUAUAA